AUGCAGGCCCUAAAGUCUGCUAAAGAUCAUAAAGCCGGCCUGUUCGACGUUCCCCUUCCUGUCCCUGCCCGUGGAGAAGUUCUUGUGAGAACCAAGGCAGUUGCACUGAAUCCAUCCGACUGGAAGGCCAUCACUUGGAUGGACACGCUCAACUUCACGAUCGGAUGCGACUACGCGGGCAUUGUUGAAGCAGUCGGCGAAGGAGUCGAGAAGGACUGGAAGAAGGGCGACCGCAUCGCCGGCAUGGCAAACGGCAACAACCCUCUCCACUUGGACGGCGGAGCAUUCGCUGAGUACAUUGUUGUGAAGGGAGAUGUUCAAAUCAAGAUCCCGGACAAUAUCGCGUUUGAAGAGGCAGCUACGCUGGGUGUUGGAACCGCCACCGUCGGACAAGGUCUGUAUCAGAAGAUGAAGCUUCCAUUGCCGACUGCCCCAGCCAAGGAGAAAUUCCCUAUUUUGAUCUAUGGAGGGAGCACGGCGACUGGGAUCCUGGGAAUUCAGUUUGCGAAGCUCUCGGGACUUGAAGUCAUCACAACCUGCUCGCCUCGAAACUUCGACUAUGUCAAGGAGCACGGCGCAGAUCACGUCUUCGACUACAACUCCCCGACCUGUGGCAGUGAAAUCCGGGAGCUGACAAAGAACCGCCUCUUUUAUGCCUGGGACUGUUUCGCUGAGAGCCCGUCCCCCAAAGUCUGCUCGGAUGCACUUUCCACUGAGAAGAACCCCUCUGGUGAGCAGCCCAUAUACGGAAGCCUCGCGAUGGAAGGUUCAGGGCGAGACGACGUCACGUCUGUGACUUCCAUGGCCUAUACCAUCUUCGCAGAGCCAUUCGAGAGAGGGCCAUUUUACAUUCCCCCGAGCCAAGAAGACUUCGAGUUUGCCAAGGAAUUCAUGACCUUGAUCGAUCAACUUCUGGCUGACGGUAGCUUUAAACCGCACCGGGUGGAGCUGAGGAGUGGUGGGAUUGCGGCAAUUCCAGAAGGGAUAGAAGAUUUGAAGAACUACAAGGUUAGUGGAAAAAAGCUCGUUUACCCUGUAGAAUAG